ACUAACACUUGCACUGUUAAAAUAUGUACAUUUAAGUACUGGUGUCAGAUGUUACCAGAGAACGGUCAUCUACUAGCGAUACUGCAAGCAAAGUAUAUUGGAUAGAGUUCAAAAACCAUUCAUCUUAUAUCUUUAUACAAAGGUACUAACUAUAACCAAAAUGCAGAAAAUUUCAGCUAGCAUUUUCCAAAUCUUCACGAUUUUGACCUUAAUUCAAGCUGGAAGUGCAAAAGAUCUUCGCAAUGUCACAGAACCCAAAACUCCACAAACUUGCGUGUCACUGAAAGCAACCGGAGGGGAUGACACCGACCUUAUCCAGAAAGCUCUGAACUCUUGCACCACGGGCAAAGCUGUCGCACUGUCGUCUGGUAUAUUUAACUCCGGUCCCAUCACUAUACCAUCUGGAGCCAGUCUUCUGGUGGACAGUGGCGCCGCACUGAAGGCUAUCCCAGACCCUAAGUUAUAUGACCAAGGAGCGAAAACAUGCGGCACUCUGGACCACUACGGCGUCGGCUGCAAGGCCUUCAUCACAAUGCUCCGAGCCAAAGGCAGUGGAAUCUAUGGCAAAGGAGUGAUUGAUGGUCAAGGUGGCCAGAAAAUGACUGGGACAAACACGACGUGGUGGAAGCUCACCCAUGACGCUAGGGUUACCGGAAAACACCAGAACAACCCUAGACUGAUACAAAUCAACAACUCUGUAGACAUCACUGUGUACCAGAUCACGUUAAAGAACUCUCCUUUUUACCACCUUACCAGCAGCGAGACAAAUGGAUUCACAGUAUGGGGCAUCACCAUUGACUCGGCUAAUGCCACUAGCAACAAUGAUGGCAUCGACCCAACGGGAUCACAGAAUGUCACUAUAGCCUACUGCAACAUAAGCACAAUUGACGACAACAUAGCUAUAUCAGCACUGAUCGCACCAUCACGACACAUUUCACUUUACAAAAACCAUUUCAAUCAUGGUAACGGAGUUGCGAUAGGCAGUCCAACCAACUACGGAAUCAGCGAUGUGACCUUUUCUGCGCUCACGCUGAAUCACCUCACCUACGGGCUGUACAUCAAGAGCGACACCUUGAACGGCGGGCUGGUAACAAACAUCACCUACGACAACAUCUGCAUCGAGAAUGUUCGGUACCCCAUCUGCCUCGACACGCACUACUACAAUAAGACUGGCAGCAGGAUACCGGAGUUCCGGAACAUCAGCUACAACAAUGUGGCGGUCCACACAAAAGGAACCUUUAUAUUUGACGGCCUCAGCGAAGCGCACCCUGUUGAAGUAAAGCUAAGUAACGUGAAUGUACAGAAAGGUUCAGAAUUGUUUAUAAGUCAUGCUAAGAUUAAUGGAAAAUGGAACAACGAUUUAAGAAACAAAUACUGUGGACAAUACGGCAAUAAAUAGCUGAUUUUUUUUUGUUUCAUAAUACAUUCUUUCAAGGUAAAAUCAUAUGAGAGAAAGCAAAAGUGUUUCGAAACUAUUAUCUCAGAUAUUUUGUAUAUUUGGAGAGUACUGUAUAAACUUAAUGCUAUUUUAUUCUCAUGCUUGUUAUUUGAUCUUUAGAUAUAUACGCAUAAAAAGCUAAUUUUAAUUCACAAACUGGCAAAUCCAUAUUAAUGAAAAGAAUACAAUGUUAAUGUUAAAUAUAAGAGCUAGUUUUAUUUAAGGCAAUUUUUCUGUGGAAUACAGAUCAGAAACAAUGCUAUAAUAGUGUUUGAGAUUCGCUAACAUUAAAAUAAUAAUAAUAAAAAUAAU